AGCUCAUUAAAUUAAUCAUCAUUCAACAUGAAUUUACAUAAUCCAGCUUUUGUACUGGGUCUAUUGUCCAUGUGGAUGUGUCUGUUGGAUUUUGGCCUGGCCUUUCCAUCGUUGGUAAUGCCACGUUUACACAGAUCCGUUGAAGCUGAAUUGGAAACGAAUAACAAGAAUAUGGGUUUUCCACAGACUGAUGAUGAUGUUUUACAAUUGGAACAGCUGCGUGAAGUUCAUCAGGAUGAGGCUAACAAUUUCAACCAUCAAAAGAAGGAUGAGUUGGUGGCCGAUGAAGUGGCUCCUUUAGCAGUGGAAGAGACUUUGCCCGAACUGGAGCAACAAUUGGAAUCAGCUAAACCAGAUGUGCAAAGUACUCAGGGUCCGGCACAAGCUGGCGUGGAAAAUGUUGGUGAAACUCCUGAAGUACCAGCCAGUGAGCCCAAGGGAAUGGGUGCUCAUCGUCCUCCCACUUUACAGAUCAACGAUGGUGGCAAAGUUGAAAAUAAUGGCGAUAAACCUAAAGCUAAGUGCCGUUUGGGUGGUAUGCAUGGAGCCGCACGUUUAGUCUAUGGCCAAAAUCCCGAAGUUCUUCCCACAACAACUACAGCUUCCACAACAACAUCUACCACCACCACCACGACCACAACUACACCGGCACCCGAAGCCAAUUCUGCCGGUUCGGCAGAAGAUGAUGAGGACGAUGAUGAUGACAGUGAUGAUGGUGGCAAUGAAGAUGAAAAAUCUGCCGAUGCGGUAGAUGAAGCCGUGGAAGCACCCAAUGAACCGGUAGACGAACCUUCUGAAAACCAACAACCCUCUGAGGGAGUAGAGGCUGCUCAGGAAGUACCUGAAAUACCCGAAGUUCAGCAAGUGCCUGAAGAAACUCCCGUCACUCCAGCACCAGCUCCACCUCAGCUACAUCCCUUGAGACCUAUAAAGUCAAAUAAGAAAACCAAUAAAGAGGAAGAACCCGAACGCCAACUAAUCGGCGAUGUUAUUGUAGAUGAAUCGGCUCUGCGUAAAUCCGCUUCCCGUCGUUCGGUUGCUCAUAUGACUCCCAAGACAGCUGAGAGUUUGUUAAGACAUGGCAAUGGUCAAUAUUCCUCAUUCGAUAUGGCUCAAUAUGUUUUCUGGACAGGUGAUGAGGCUGGCGUGGCAAGAGCAGUGGAAGAAUUAAUACAACAGGAUUUGAUGACUCGAGAAGAUGCCUUGAAAUUCCUGCAUGAAAUUCGCGUGGGCAUUGAAUAUUUGCAAAAAUCCUAUGCUAAUCGUAUAUUCCCCGAAGAAAUUAAACACAAUACCAUUAAGAAAAGUUAUAUACCCCAAUCCUUGCCUAGCACCACCACUACUACUUCCACAACUACCACAACUGUGAAACCCACUUUACCCUAUUUGAAUUUGGAACAAAAUGCCGAUGAUACCGACAGCAUAAAUCUGGCCAAAACUUUGGACAGCAUUUCGUUGUGGCACAAAUUACAGGCCAUGAAUAAUGCCGAAGGCAGACAAGACAUUACAGAGUAUGAAAGUGAGACUAGACGCCCGAAAAUAACCGACUGUCAGCAUAAGGAAUACAAUUUGGAGGAAAUUAUUUACAAAUUAGCUCGGAUAAUGUUCACUGAAUCCUUAGCUCAUGGUGAUGAGGCUCAAAGGGAAAUUCAAAAACUAAUGGAUUUCUUUGAACGAGAACAUGAAUUGGGUAUCAUACCAUUGGACUUGGAACAGAAAGUUAUACAUGUCCUUUUGCAAGCUUUAUCCGAUACCUUAACCGAGAAGCCCGAAUUAUGGCCAGCAGCACAAUAUCCCUACAAUCGGCUAUUACGCUCGUAUGCGCAUAUGAAUAUGCCCAGGCCCAGUCCUUCUAAUGUUUUUUAAUUUAAAUAAAAUUAAAAAAAUUGCGAAACAAAAAUAAUACAACUAUAAUCAAAUCAAAAGCAUACAAAUUUAUAUUCUAUAAAGAAAAGAAAAAAAAAUAAACAAAAAAUCACUAACACUUUUUUAAAGAACGUGAAACUAGUCCAUCAAACUAAUAGAUGUCGUCCAAAUUUUCAACACCAAACUCAAAAUCCGUUACAGGCGCUUAUUGAAUAGAAAACGCUUUGUUUUUAAAACCGCUUAACAAUAUGUUGAAAUAAUUUUAAAUACACUCACAUAACAACUUAAAAAUUUAUUCAAAUCAAAAUCUUAAACAUGAGCUAACUCCGUAUUAAAAAGAAAAGGAUGUAAAGAAUUUAUGACCAAAAACAGGAUCAAAAUCAAAAUGAUUAUAUUUAUAUUUAAAUACAAAAACAAAAUUGAAAAAUCUCUAUAUAUACAGAUAUAUAUUAUCAAAUAAUAUAUUGUAAAUUAAUUAGUUAAUUUUAUGUUAAAUGUACUCGUGUUUUAAAAACACUAAAAACUUAAUAUUAUUUAUGGUUUUCUUUUAAAUAAAAAUGAUUUUAAUGCGUUCACAUUAGACACGAAAUGGUAUUAAAUGAAUUAAAGUGUUUAAAAAUUUUAUGAAUGUGAUAGAUG